ACGUAGUACGUACACCGGAAGAAAAAGGAAACGGGUGAUGCUGAAGCCUGCACCGUUACGUGUGACCAAAGCGAAAGCCAAGUAAGCCCCACAACCGCCGCUCUCUCUCUCUCUCUCUCUCUCUCUCUGCACACAAAACCCCCUUCCUCUUUCCCACUCAUAGCUCCGGCUGUGAUCUCUACCAUUAGCUGAAGCCGAAGGACAGGAGUUUUUGAUCUUCUGGGUUUCUAGGACGAGUUGAGUAUCAGCUGUGAAACUGAGGGAGCUCGUCGGUUUGUGCAACUUUUAUCGCCCUUUGCUGUAUAUUUUUCGGUGUUGGAGGCGAUUCUCUGAUGGUGGGUUUGAGUUCGUGGGGAAGAAGCAGACAAGGGAAAUGUUGAAAUCGUUCAAGGAUUCCCUCAAAGCCCUCGAAGCUGAUAUUCAGUUCGCUAAUACCCUGGCUUCAGACUACCCGCAAGCAUACGGUGGCGGCUGCCUUCAGAUGAGACUGUCCUACAGUCCCGCAGCUCAUUUUCUGCUCUUUCUCGUUCAGUGGACUGAUUGUCGGCUUGCUGGUACCUUAGGACUGCUUAAGAUUCUUAUUUAUAAGGCCUAUGUGGAUGGUAAGACUACCAUGUAUGUUCACGAACGGAGAGCGACCAUUAGGGAGUUCUAUGCUGUAAUAUUUCCCUCACUGCUGCAACUUCACGGAGGGAUUACUGAUGUGGAGGAGAGGAAACAGAAAGAAGUCUGCGCUACGAAGUACACGAGAAAGGACGAGGCCGAUAAAGGGAAGCUCUCUGUAGCCGAUCUAGAGCGGGAAGAGGAGUGUGGCAUUUGUAUGAAGAUUAGCUCGAAGAUCGUGCUCCCUAAUUGCUGCCAUUCUCUGUGCAUGAGGUGUUACAGGGACUGGCUAUCAAGGUCCCAAUCGUGCCCAUUUUGUCGGGACAGUCUCAAGAGAGUAAACUCCGGUGACCUGUGGAUAUACACAACCAAUGGUGAUGUAGCUGACCUGUCUUCUAUCGCAAGGGAGAACAUGAAGAGACUUGUCCUGUACAUUGAGAAGCUGCCCGUCAUUGUCCCCGAUCCCCUCUGCGUCUCGUCUCAGCAGUACUCUCAUUUUAGGUGAUCUAUAGCCCUUUAUGUUGUCGGUGAUGAUGACCAUAUGUAGAUAACAUGUCUGUAGAUAACAUACGUUUGUGGACUGUACAUAUUUAUGUCUCGCAUUGGGGCACUCUUAGAAAUUGUAGAUAUAGUUCGUUGCUCGGUAUUGGUUCAAUCUUUAUCAGAUGUCUGCCUUUGCUGUAUUUGAAAUUGAUACAUGAUACGUCAAUGCAAUAUUAUCAGGGUCAAUGAUUCAAGUAC